AGCCCGGCAGAAGAGAGGCAUUGAGAAAUGUCUUUCCUCCAGGACCCCAGUUUCUUCACCAUGGGGAUGUGGUCCAUUGGUAUGGGGGCACUGGGGGCUGCUGCUGUGGCACUGUUCCUGGCCAAUACAGAUAUCUUUCUGUCAAAAACCCAAAAAGCAACACUGGAGUAUCUGGAGGACAUAGACCUGAAAACACUGGAGAAGGAACCCAGGACUUUCAAAGCAAAGGAGCUUUGGGAAAAGAAUGGAGCUGUGAUUAUGGCUGUGCGGAGGCCAGGCUGUUUCCUGUGUCGAGAGGAGGCUGCAGACCUGUCUUCCCUGAAACCCAAGUUGGAUGAGCUGGGUGUCCCCCUCUAUGCAGUGGUGAAGGAGCAGGUCAGGACUGAAGUAAAAGACUUCCAGCCAUAUUUCAAAGGAGAAAUCUUCCUGGACGAAAAGAAAAAGUUCUAUGGUCCCCAAAGGCGAAAGAUGAUGUUUAUGGGAUUUGUCCGUCUUGGUGUCUGGUACAACUUCUUCCGGGCCCGGAAUGGAGGCUUCUCUGGAAAUCUGGAAGGCGAAGGCUUUAUCCUCGGAGGAGUUUUUGUGGUCGGAUCAGGAAAGCAGGGCAUUCUUCUUGAACACCGAGAGAAAGAGUUUGGAGAUAAAGUAAACCCAGUUUCUGUUUUGGAAGCUGCUAAGAAGAUCAAACCACAGACUGUGGCCCCACAGGAAAAAUGAUCUUGUUGAAGCUGCCCAGCUCAGGGAUAAUUGGGCCACUCACUUGUGUUCCUAGGAACUCUUGUCCCUAAAGAGUUAAAAAGUCAUCUGUAUCUUACUCUCAGUAUGGAUUAUUACUAUAUUUUAAUAGUGUAUUCUUAUUAGGCUCAGUAAAGAAAAAUAACUCCCAAAAUAAGACUGAAAAAAAGUUAAGUAACUAGUGAGGGUUAUUUCAGCUCAAACCUGGAAAAUACAAAGCUUAAAGUUGACU